ACCGUGCUCGAGUACGGUAUGUGGUAUCCUGUCAGCGGAUGGAGGAGAGAAAAACCUGCCGCAUUCUGCGACAUCCUUUCCCAACUCCCCUUGUCCUGGCCAACGAAUGUCUCUCGGGCCCAUAUCACCAAGGCCGAACAGGAUUUUUUGAUGACGCCCCCGACUUGAGUCAAAACGAGCUCGUAAAGCGUCACCCGCAGGGGCUGCCCAUUCGCACAGAGCUUUGGCCAAUCUAAACCGCGAAGCGGCCCAGAUCAGGUCUCGGCCAGACCUGAUCGAGAAAUUUCCUUUGUCGCCCCCGGGCUCGAAACCACUCGUUGAGGGGGGACGACGACUGGGUCUUCUCCAGUAAUCACGGGGGUGCGGACGACGGGGAGAGAGAGAAAGGCAAAGGGAAGAAGAAAAAAAUUUCACAAAAGCAAGUCCCAAACAUCCCAUGCACCGCAACAUCGUAAUAACCAACCAGUUCCCCAAUUGUGCCUCGUCGACUCAGCCCGUUGACUGGCUAGCCUUCUCGACUUGCGUGCUGCUGGCCCUGCAGCGUUUGUUUGUUCGCCAGCUCGUCGUCGAUCGCUCGGUCCACCCCCUCUUCCUCAUCCACCCUCAUAGACUCCCUUUUCCAUUGCUAUAACCAAUUUUUUGCCUCCCGAUACCUUUUCACCUGCCCAUCGCAGCCGGUGCCUUAUGUGCUAGCGUUUUCCCAUCCUCAUCUUGAUGAAAUGAACCAUCCUUACCGCCUUGACUCGGCUCCGGAAUCAUAAUCUAGUCUUCGGUCGAUUUUCUUUCGGAGCUUCUAUCAUACCUACUGGCUUCCUGACUGCUGGGUUUGCGGUUGCAUACCUCUGUUCUUACUUCUCGAAGGUGUUUGCCUAGCGAAUUCGAAUUGAGCCGGGUGCCUGCAUACCCGACUUUCAGCUUUGGAACAACCUUGUUGUCGAGAGAGGAAUUCGGGAACGAAUAGUAGCAGUGCCAUACCCAAACCGGCAGCUGCACAUGUUGGAGGGGUUCAUUAGAACUUUAAGAUGUUUGUAUAGUUCAUUACUCAGAUUCCUUAGGCCGCCUCCAGACUCCUUUAAAUAGCUGCUUGUCUUUUUCUUAAUCCGGGGCUGGAGCGAAUGCUAUCGGAUCACUAAUGAUUUUCUCUAACUUGCUUAACUUGCUAGAAUAGUGAUUACGUCUACCGAGGUUUUUGGAGAUCUUCAGGAAAACCUAGAAGUCGAAUUAGCCUCGAAAUCGCAAGCCCAAGAAUAGGGGAGUCAUGCCGAGUUCAUUUUCUAAUACAAAUACAAGAGGCGGUCGAGGAAUUGGGGAUAGGGCUCUCGUCACAUUUCGGAUGUUGGUUUCCCCCACCGUUUUUAUCAGGGAAUUUGAUGGAGGUUUCUUUCCUUUUGUUCCAUCUUUUACUGCGCUCUCUUGGGGGGCGUGUAAACGUUUCUUGAUAUCGGCAUUUGUUUUCUCCCCGGAUUGUGGGCUGGAUGGCUAACGUUUUUCAGAGCUUUUCCCACGGAUAAAAUGCCUCGGACGGUGCAUCUUGUUGGCUCGUGGGACAAUUUUAGUACUGCUCUGCCAAUGGAUCAGGAUUUACGUGUUGGUCGUGGGGUUUGGAAAGGGAUGGUUACCGAAAGAGGUGGACUCGUGAUGGGACAUGACUACACUUACUACGUUAGUUUCUCCCUGGUUCAACGGGUGUCCUCGAGUCCGUAAAGGGCGUCAUUGACAUAUCCAUCAGUUUCUCCUUAACUCAAAAACUUUCGUACCAGAUCCAGCGUCCACUCCGGACCUGACCAUGGUUGAUCCAACCAGCGGAAGGUUGGUUUCAACGUUAUACGUCCCAUUGGAACUUCCUCCAUCUCCGGAGAAGCCGCCGAAUCCACCCCCACAUCUUUUCCUUUCAACUCAAUCUCCUACACCGCCCAUGGCCCCACUGGAUGAGAAGGCCAAGACAAUUUCUCCCGUUAGCGUUAUUGGAUCUUCCGUGUUUGCUGGCAGUAGUGACGAGGGUGGUUUGUUUGAAGAGCCGCGUAAGGUUCCAGAACAUCCGUCGGUUCAGAGUCCUAUUGGAGCCGAAGCGCCGGGUAAAGACCCUGGAAGUCUGCGGGGAAAAGCUAGAGGACGGACCGGUCGUAGGAUGUCGAUUUUUCAAUUUGGUGCGGCUAAGGAUGUCCCAGUCUCGACCGAAGAAAUUGCGAUCAGGAAACGCGGGUGGACACUAGCUAAGAAAGCGUCUGGCAUAUUCCGCGGACGAAGCAAGGCUAGGGCUGAAGAUGAUGAUAAAGUUUCCAAGGCGGUCGAUCGAUCGGGAAAAGUAGCGGCUGCGGCGAAGGCCGAAGGAAUCGCAGUGGAGGUUCUACCAAAAAAACAGGUACCUCCACCAACAUCAAUGAAAAGUUCUAAUAAGAUCUCGGAUAUUGUUGGAUAUCUCAGAGAGACAUCUUCAGAAAUGUCGAUCAACGGAUCAGGGGGUCUGCGGCCACAGCCUGCACAGGCUUACUAUCAUUCUCCAGUGACUUCAAACCGCUCGAGUGCUACCAACCAUCAACAAAAUCAACGGAACCAACGGAAUCAGCACCCACGGCCCGAGCCACACCCGCAACCAUGUCCGAUCUCGCCACAGGAGACUAUCCUAUUCGAAGUGGCCGAUAUUGCUUCGAAUACCAUAGAGAAUUCGCCCUCACCUUCCCUUUAUCACUCGGUCGCGUCAGCUUGCUCUUGCCAUGCUCUUUCAGCUUGUUCUUGCUCUCCAAAUAUUUCCUCCCCAUUUUCUCCCGAUGAGAGUUGUGCCAGUGACGAUGAGGUUGACGAGAGAGACGGUGAUUCUUUCGGAAUAGAGACCCCGACCGAUGGCCUUGGAAUCUCUGCCCCACAAUAUAGCACACCUAAAGAAUACCAUUCCCGGGCGAAAGAAGAACAGGCCAGUGUCUAUCCAAAAUACUAUAACUUCGAUGAAGUCUCGGCUGGCGCGCCUGGUGGCAACAGGGAUAUUGGACGGUACGCUGGGGAUGUAAUUCUGGACGAGGCUAAUAACGGGAAUUGUGGUUUCGCAGCGGGUGGAAUGAAAUCCUUGGGGCGCUUGAGAGAAGAAGUUGCCGGAGAGCUUUCCUGGAGAGCUGAACUUGUCGAUGAGUUAGGCUAUCUUGGCGGCAUUGUUGUCUAACGUUUUGACUGGCCCGAGAUCCCCAACCCUUCCAUAUAUUUUUCGUUACGUUCCUUGUGAUAUACCUUUAUGUAUUUCCCUUUUCUCUUCUUUCCAGGUAUAUAUCGUUUUUCUUUGCUAUGGGCUCAUAGCAUUAAUCAGCUUCAUCCAUCCAUUUUUUUUCUCCCUCUUCUCUUUGGGCGCUGCUUAUUUCCUGUUUGGGGUGGCGUAUUAUCGACUUUUUUUUUUCUGGCGUAGUGUAUGUUAGCAUUCUUCUGUCCUCCGGGGCGAGCAGUUGGGGAGCUCAAAAGGCAUAUACAGGGGUUUCUGGUUGUUUUAGUUCAGCGGGUAUAUCACGGCUUGCAUAUAAAACUCUCUUUGAUCCUUUUUCCCUUGCUUCUGGUGAUAUCUUUUUCAGUCAAGUACAUAGCUUUUGGUCGUCUCUUUUUCUAGACUUUCAUUCAUGAGCAUUCGGUUGGUUGCAUUAUUGGUUGGUUCAUUACUGGGAAACAAGCACUCUUUCGUUGGGGCGCGUUUGCUUCUGCAGUAUAAGGGAGAUAAAUACCAGCUUCCCUUGUUAGCUAGUUGAAAUUGAGGUUUUGUUUGAGAUUGAUUCUUACCUGUCAGAUCUUUGACACAGCGCCUCCU